AUGCAGAUUACUCCCCUUCUCAUCAACGGUCAAGAUACCGUCCCGACAUCCGCUGAUCCGGUUGAUUCUUCGACAACUUUUCAAGGCGUCACGCCCGCUCUAGCUCUACAGGCAAUCAGCUCCUCUGCGCAGGCUUUCACGAGCUGGUCGAAAUCCUCCCCGUCGUACCGUCGACAACUUCUACAGAAAAUCGCCGGUCUGCUGAGCGAACGCGCGGAUGAAUUCGUGCAAUGCAUGCAACAGGAAAUACACGCGCCAGCUGUCUGGGCGGAAAUCAAUGUCCACGAUAGCAUUAACUUAUUAAACGAGACCGCUGGGUUGAUUUCUGAUUCCAUGAUGGGGUCGGUUCCUGUCACGAAUGGAGAGUCGUAUGCCAUGGUGUUGAAGGAGCCGUUGGGCGUGGUUCUGUCUAUGGUGCCGUGGAAUGCUCCCAUUAUACUAGGAUUAAGGGGGAUAGUGGCACCAUUGGCAGCUGGGAAUACGGUCAUUCUCAAGGGCUCCGAAUUAAGUCCUCGAACUCACUACCUUCUGGCCUCUCUCUUUCGCGACGCCGGAUUUCCUCCCGGUGUUGUGAAUUUCAUUCUCCAUCGAGCUGAAGAUGCGGAGGAUAUUUUCCAGACCAUGAUAGCCCACCCGGCCGUUCGGAAAUGCAAUUUCACAGGAUCAACGAACGUAGGACGCAUAAUCGCGUCGAAAGCCGCGUGGGCGCUGAAGCCCGUGUUGCUGGAAUUAGGAGGGAAGAACUUUGCUCUGGUGUUGGACGAUGCGGACAUCGAGCUAGCAGCGAGGGAGAUUAUCAAAGGGGCUUUUUUGAAUAUUCAGAAUGGGCAAAUCUGUAUGUCAACGGAUCUAGUUUUCGCCGUACAGGAAAUUGCUCCCUCCAUAACUUCUCGCAUCCUGUCACAUCUGGAAUUAAUAACCAGCCCGUACGAAGUUAUCUCCCCAGCUAGUAAACAGCGUUUACAGAAUCUAGUCGACGAUGCGAAAGCGAAGGGAGCGUCCAUCCACCAGGCUGAUACUCCCUGUCUGCACGAUCACCAGUUCCCUGCCACAGUGAUCGAGGGUCUUACAUCUGACAUGGACUACUUCUCGAUGGAGUCGUUUGGUCCCGUUGUCGGCAUCAUGCAAGUCGAGUCUGAAGUGGAGGCAAAUGAACUAUCGCAGAGAUUAGCGUAUGGCUUGUCAGCGUCGAUUUUCACCGCGUCGCAUUUCAAGGCUUUGAAGUUAGCCGGUAAUAUCCGCUCCGGGGCUAUCCAUGUAAAUGCUAUGACGGUGCAUGAUGAAGCUACUUUGCCGCAUGGUGGCCAGGGGGAAAGUGGUUGGGGGAGGUUUGGUGCGAAAUGGGGGCUCGAUCGUACGGUAAAUGCUCCUGACAUAGAUACACACCACGGAGAAAACUGUCACCAGGACCAGAUACCCCAUCCUGAGCGUGAAUUGUUUCCGCAGAUGAGGCCUGCGAGCACGUCGGAGGAAGUCCACUCCGCACAGCACAAAGGUCGUUAUGGAUGCCAUCUGGAAGAUGAUUCCCGCAACCAUGAUGUUGGUUCCUGGUUUCGUGUCUCCGACAACCUUGCUGGCUUCCGUUGCGGCGGUUCCGCCGCCGAUGGCCUGUACAACGAGGGAGAUGAUAUCACAGGCACAGAAUAUCCAGAGGUAGGAUCGAGGCUGCAGAUAGGAGCUUUCGGGACCAAGGAAGUUGAUGAGACUCCCUAG